GGCAGCCCCCCUCCCUGCAGAGGGAGGCGCCGCGGCGCCUUUCUAGGCGGGGGCGCUGCGAGGGGGCUUCUCCUUCCCUCCCUGCCGGGGGUCUUGGGGCGGCCCCUCUAUCCCGCGCCGUCCGGGGGCGGUGCCCGUGCCCCGUGUCCGCCCCGCCCGGCCGCGCGCUCGCCUGCUCGUUCUCUCUUUCCGUCGCUUCGGCUGCUGAGGCAGACCCUCGGGGCGCGCCCCACAUCGGUGGGUAGACAGUCACUGGCUCUUUCUGAAUGGAUCCCAAUGAAUUUCCUGGCUCCCUGGGGCCACUUUCUCUGCCUGAUAAGCCACUAAUAGGUGACCUGCCUGCAGACAUGGAGUUUGGAGAGGAUCUGCUGGCUUCCCAGACAGCUUCUGUCCCACAAGCCUCAGCUCUUCAGCCCCAAGAGAUGGAGUGGGAAGCUUCCAAGCAAGCAACCUCAGACAGCGACUUGGGCCUGGAUUUAGUGAAAGCAGAUGGCUUGUCAGACCUAAGUAAACCCAAUAGUGUGGGAAUGGGUAAAUCUGAUCAUUUGGCUAUCUUGGAGAAGCCUAGCAUCUUAGCUGGCUUGAGAAAAGAGAAGGAGCUGGUGGCUCCUAAUAAGUCAGAGGAUCUGGACAGCUUGUAUAAGGCAGGUGGUUCUGUAGAUCCAGAAGAUGGGACUGGGGACCCUUCUGCACCAGGGACGGAGGCCCUGGUGCCAGAUGCUUGGAAAGAGGAAGGUGUGUGUAAAACUGACCCUGAAGGCCCAAAAGAUGAGGGUCUGGAGAGUGCAGCUUCUGUUCCUGAGAACCAUGCCAUGGAAUCUCCUGAUGUUGUUGAAUUGAGCAACACCCCACCUUCACAAGAACUAAUGGCCUCACCUGUCAGCUCACCAGGAAGCCAGCGGCUGGCUAAGAAAGCCCGGUUAAAAGCCCCAAGGAAAAGCUCCCCAUUGCGGAAAGAGGAGGCAUCCACAGAAGAGGAGAAAGAGUCAGUGCUCAACAGUAUGCCUGAUCCAGCUCCUGAGCUGGUGGGAGAGAGCCCAGCUGAAGCAGAGAAGGAAUGUGGCACUUCUCAGAAAGACGCUGCCAAGCCCAAAGCACAAGAGGCAGCACAGACACCAUCCCUUCCAGGGGAAGGUGCUGGUGCAAAGGGAAGUGAGCAGCCAGUUGAAAAGGAGCAGAAGAGGAGUGAGCGAGCCAGGAGGUCAGAGGCAUCCCGACCUGAAACAGUAAACUCCUCUGAGAGCAUCCCAGUCUCUGAUGAGGAUUCAGAUGCCAUGGUAGAUGACCCCAAUGAUGAGGACUUUGUUCCCCAUCGCACUCGGCGCACCACUCGCAUGUCUCUGCGCAACCAAAUGGCCCAGCGGGCUGCCCGCUCCACAGUGACCAAGAUGACUUGUGCCAACUGCCGGACGCCACUGCAGAAGGGCCAGACAGCCUAUCAGCGCAAGGGGCUCCCUCAGCUUUUCUGCUCCAGCACCUGCCUCACCACCUUUUCUAAGAGACCACUCAGCAAGAAGAACUGCACCUUCUGCAAAAAGGAGAUUUGGAACACCAAGGAGUCCGUUGUGGCCCAGGUUGGCUCAGGCAGCUCUUUCCAUGAGUUCUGCACUUCUGUAUGCCUCUCGCUGUAUGAAGCGCAGCAGCAGAGACCAGCACCACAGACAGCAGAAGCCUCAGACACUGUCCGCUGCAGUGUGUGCUACAAAGCAGGAGAGAUUCAGCAUGAGGUCAGCAACGGAAAUGUGGUGCACCGAAUCUGCAGCGAUGCUUGCUUCACCAAGUUCCGUGCCACCAAGGGCUUGAAAACUAACUGCUGCGACAACUGUGGUCUCUACCUUUACAACAAGGGGAUGCCGUUGGAGUACCUCUUCCACGAGGGACAGCAGAAGCGCUUCUGUAACACCACCUGCCUCAACAGCUACAAGAAGAAAAAUACCCGGGUAUAUCCAUGCAUGUGGUGUAAGACGCUCUGCAAGAACUUCGACAUGCUGUCCCACAAGGACAGGAAUGGCAAGAUGGGCCUCUUCUGUUCCAUCUGUUGCACCACAUCCUACAAAGUCAAGCAAGCAGGCCUGACAGGACCCCCUCGACCUUGCAGCUUCUGCCGGAAGAGCCUGUCUGAGCCCUGCUACUACAACAAGAAUGAGCAGGUGGUGUACCAGUUCUGCAGCCCCAGCUGCUGGACCAAAUUCCAGCGCACCAGUCCAGAAGGUGGGAUCCACUUGACCUGCCAUUCCUGCCACAACCUCUUCACUGGGAAGCCCGAGAUCCUGGACUGGCAGGACAAGGUCUACCAGUUCUGCUGCAGAGACUGCUGCGAGGACUUCAAGCGGCUGCGUGGGGUGGUGUCCCAGUGUGAACACUGCAAGCAGGAGAAGCUGCUGCAUGAAAAGAUCCGCUUCUCGGGGGUGGAGAAGAACUUUUGCAGCGAAGGGUGUGUGCUUCUUUAUAAACAGGAUUUCACCAAGAACCUGGGCCUCUGCUGCAUCACCUGCACCUACUGCUCCCAGACAUGCCAGCGGGCGGUCACCGAGCAGCUUGAGGGCAGCACCUGGGACUUUUGCAGUGAAGACUGCAAAAGCAAAUACCUGCUGUGGUACUUCAAGGCAGCUCGGUGCCAUGCUUGCAAGCGCCAAGGGAAGCUGUUGGAAACCAUCCACUGGCGAGGUCAAAUCAAACACUUCUGCAACCAGCAGUGUCUACUGCGCUUUUACAACCAACAGAAUCAACCUAACUUAGACACACAGAAAGGGCCUGAGAGCCUGCUGAACAGUCAAACCCCUGAGCCAAAACAGCCCUCUUCCACCCCAGCAAAAGUAGAGACCAAUACGGUACCUGCAAAGAACACUUCUGCCCCGGCCACACCGGCUGCUCCACUGCCAUCUCAGUUGGUCACACCACGGAAGAACAAAGCUGCUAUGUGCAAGCCUCUUAUGCAGAACCGGGGGGUGUCCUGCAAGAUAGAAAUGAAGUCCAAGGGCUGUCAGACAGAGGCUGACUGGAAGCCCCAGGUGGUUGUGCUACCCAUCCCCGUGCCGAUCUUUGUGCCUGUGCCUAUGAACAUGUACUGCCAGAAAAUACCUGUGCCUUUCUCCAUGCCUGUCCCGGUGCCUGUGCCAAUGUUCCUGCCCACCACACUGGAGAGCACGGAGAAGAUUGUGGAGACUAUAGAGGAACUGAAGGUGAAAAUCCCAUCCAACCCCCUGGAAGCCGAUAUCCUGGCCAUGGCUGAGAUGAUAGCAGAGGCAGAGGAGCUGGACAAAGCCUCGUCAGACCUUUGUGACCUGGUGAGCAACCAGAGUGCUGAGGGCCUUUUGGAGGACUGUGACCUGUUUGGGCCAGCUAGAGAUGAUGUGUUGGCAAUGGCGGUGAAGAUGGCAAAUGUGCUGGAUGAGCCGGGUCAGGAUUUGGAAGCUGACUUCCCCAAAAAUCCCUUAGACAUUAAUCCCAGUGUGGAUUUCCUCUUUGACUGUGGUCUUGUGGGUCCAGAGGACGUUUCUGCUGACCAAGAUUUGCCUCGUGCCAUCCGCAAGGGCCAGAAGCGUCUGGUUCUCUCUGAGAGCUGUUCACGGGACUCCAUGAGCAGCCAGCCCAGCUGUACGGCACUGAACUAUUCCUAUGGUGUGAAUGCCUGGAAGAGCUGGGUGCAAGCCAAGUACGCUGGAGGCGAAACGAGCAAAGGUGAUGAGCUGCGCUUUGGCCCCAAGCCCAUGCGAAUCAAGGAGGACAUCCUGGCCUGCACGGCUGCAGAGCUUAAUUACGGCUUAGCUCAGUUCGUCAAGGAAGUCACCCGGCCCAAUGGCGAGCGCUAUGAGCCCGACAGCAUCUAUUACCUCUGCCUUGGCAUACAGCAGUAUCUGCUAGAGAACAAUCGCAUGGUGAACAUCUUCACAGACCUCUACUACCUGACCUUCGUGCAGGAGCUCAACAAGACGCUCAGCGGCUGGCAGCCCACCACGAUCUUGCCCAACAACACGGUCUUCUCACGUGUGGAAGAGGAGCACCUCUGGGAGUGCAAGCAGCUGGGUGUCUACUCCCCAUUUGUGCUCCUCAACACUCUCAUGUUCUUCAACACCAAGUUUUUUGGGCUGCAGUCGGCCGAGGAGCACAUGCAACUCUCCUUCACCAACGUUGUUCGACAGUCGCGCAAGUGCACCACGGCACGGGGCACCACCAAGGUGGUGAGCAUCCGCUACUAUGCUCCUGUACGGCACCGGAAGGGGCGAGAUCCUGGCCUCGGCAAACGGAAGCGAGAAGAAGAAGCGCCGGUCUUAGAGCAGCGAGAGAAUCGCAUGAACCCACUGCGUUGCCCAGUCAAGUUCUAUGAGUUCUAUCUCUCCAAAUGCCCCGAGAGCCUUCGAAACCGCAACGACGUCUUCUACCUGCAGCCGGAGCGAUCGUGCAUUGCUGAGUCGCCGCUGUGGUACUCGGUCAUCCCCAUGGACAAAAGCAUGCUUGAGAGCAUGCUGAACCGUAUCCUGGCCGUGCGUGAGAUCUAUGAGGAGCACAGCCGCGGGGGCGGCGGUCUGGAUGACGAUAUGGACUGAGCCGGUGCCAGCCUGGCCGGAGGGAGACUGUGGGGCCCAGCGCUGCUCCAGCCAGAGGGCAGGGGAUGGGGAGGUGUGACUCGCUACCCCUUCCCUGCCUGGGGGUUACAGGCAUGUAGGACUCUUCAACACGCCCCACUCCAUGCUAGUGACAACCUGCUCCCCUGAAGGGCCAGCGCCUCCUGCCCUUUCCCCUCUUCUUCCCAUGCUGCCUAAGAGUGCCUGCUUGCCUGCUCCUUCUCCCCUGGCCAGGGUCUUCUUCUGCAGCACCAGGCUGGGAGGGGGGAGCUUAAUGGAUUGUUCUUUGGGGCUGAGGAGAACAUGGAGAGCAUCCUGGCUGGUGUUAGGCCCUUGGAGGGGAGCAGCUCUGUGGGCAUGAGCCUUUCCCUGACUAGGGGAGAGGGGGCAUCGGCUCCUUGUGUGCACAUUCUCUUGCUUGGGGCUUUCUUCUCUCCUGUGGGUGUCAGCCCUCCCCCUUCCCCUCCCAACAGCUGGAUACUCUGUGUGUAUGCUGGGGGAGCAGGCCCUAAAUGACAUCUGGACAGUCUCCUGCCCCGCUUCCUCGAAGCGUAGCUUGCCUCACCACCCCAUGGGGGGGCGGUGGCUGCCCGGCAUCCCCUCUUCUUCCCCGUUUGUGUGUGUGUUGCGUUGAGCUCUGAGCUAUGGCUGGUGGUGGUGCCGUCUGUCGAGCCUGUAUAUAUUGUUCUGGCCCAGCCCCUGUCUGUAUCCUUGUCACGAGUGAGCCAAUUGCAGGUCUCAUUGUAGUGAUACCGGGGUGUUAGGACCUGCCCCGUGUCUCUCUGGAAACCAUUCAUUUCAAAUAAAGGCACAAAACCUGCAA